CAUUUGUGUGUGAGGGUCACGUUUAUUCAUCAAACACAAGUGAUCACUGAUAGUGGUGUACUGAACAGCAGACAUUAUAAAACGCGUACAGCAGUGUUUGCUGUUAUAUUUUGCUGAACGAGAUCAUUACAUUUUUAAAGAAUAUAUUUCACACAAUAAAGCCGUAAAUAGAAACAGCGUCACUGUCAGCCAUAUUUUUCCCCAAUGAUUUACUGACAACGAACGAGUCGACAGGUAUAAGAUUAAAUCGUAUCGAAUAUAAGGUAGACAGUUGUCACUCGUUAUUCAACCAAACAUGGCGUUCGGGAGGCAGGUGGGACUGCUUUUGUGGAAAAACUUCGUACUACAGAAACGGAAAAUAUGUGUGAGUGUGUUCGAGGUGGCCCUGCCGGUGUUUUUCGCUGUCGUUAUGUUGUUAAUCCGAUUUCUCGUUAAGAAGGAAGAAUUCACACAGCCGACGUUGUACCCCAGCAUCGACGUCACCGAUAAACAUUACAACGAAUUCGAAGACAACACCGGGCGCAGCAUUCUGUUUUCACCUAACAACACGUUAGUGACGGGGAUUAUGAACGAUGUCACAAAUUUGGCUUUAUCUAAAGGUGUAAAUGUGACUUCUCAAGGUUUUGGCAACUCAAACGAACUGGAAAAGUACUACCAAUCCCUUAGCAAAACCUCCUCUGUUGCCAUCGGCGUGCAGUUUGACAACGUCGACUUCGGGGACAGCGUCUUACCGCUCCACGUCGACAUCUCGUUCAGGCCAAGGAUUAUAAGUGAAACAGAUUCAUGGGAAACCAAACGGACGUUCCAAUUCUUCCAACAAGGUCGACCAAGAGAUACGUCCUCUCCGAAAUACCUCCAAUCGGGCUUUCUCUUUAUCCAAUACAUGGUCAACGAGGCCGUCAUCAGGCAAUGGAACUCGUCUGCUGGCGUCUACUUCGACAACCUGAUGGUGUUUCUGCAGCGCAUUCCGUAUUCGCCGUACGUUCGUGACCCGAUCCUCACGGUGACCCAGAACUGGUUCUCCUUGUUCAUCAUGCUUAGCUUCAUCCUGAGCGCCAUACAAACCACCAAGGGACUCGUCUACGAGAAGGAGAGGAAACUUAAAGAGUCUAUGAAACUGAUGGGUCUCAGUUCCACCGCUCACUGGACGUCGUGGUUGAUCACGUCGUUCAUCUUGCUGGUGAUCAUCAUCACGGUGUACGUUAUCCUGUGCUGCGCCCCCAUCGCCAAGAAUGGACCAGUGCUGACAAAUACGGAUCCCUCUGUGUUCUUCGUGUUUCUCCUGUGUUACGGAAUCUCCGUCAUCGCAUUCUGCUUCAUGAUCAGUGUCUUCAUUCAGAGAGCAAACGUAGCAGCUGCCGUGUCUGGGAUUUUCUUCUUCUUGGCUUACCUCCCCUGGUUUUUCCUGAAGGCGCAGUACGAGGACAUGACACAAACAGCAAAACUAGGCACCAGCGUGGUUUUCAACAUGGCCAUGACGUUUGGGUUAGUCUCCAUCGGUCUGUAUGAAGGAACAGGUGCCGGGGCACAGUGGAGCAACAUCGCAGAACCGGCGUCUGUUGAUGACAACUACUCAUUGCUGGACUCCAUGUUGAUGUUGUUGGGGGACAGCGCCAUUUACUUCCUGAUCACGUGGUACGUUGACAACGUCAAACCAGGAGAAUUCGGAGUUCCGCGCCCUUGGUACUUUCCAUUUACGUCUUCUUAUUGGUGCAGUACACAAGUGACAAAGAGCCAUCAUGAUGCCAAGAACACAAAUGACCCGAAACACUUCGAGACCGAGCCCACGGGGUUGACGGCAGGAAUCAGUAUUAAAAAUCUUACCAAAGAAUUUAAGAUGGGCCCGAGGAAAAUCAAGGCGGUAAAUAACCUGAAUGUGAACUUCUUCAGAGAUCAAAUUUCGGUCUUGCUAGGACACAAUGGCGCCGGAAAAACAACGACAAUGUCAAUGCUUACAGGGUUCAUCCCACCGUCCUGCGGCACGGCAGUUGUCAACGACUACGACAUCAACACCGACAUCAACCACGUGCGCCGUAGUCUGGGGCUGUGUCCUCAACACAACAUCCUCUUUGACACCAUGACGGUGUUGGAGCACCUCGAGUUUUUUGCUUCUUUAAAGAACGUCCCACGUAGAAAGGUGAGAGAAGAAGCGAUAAUCAUGGCUCGAGAGGUUGGGCUGGAACACAAGGCAGACACGCUGUCCAUGCAUCUGUCGGGCGGUCAGAAGAGGAAGCUGUCAGUUGGAAUUGCCUUGAUCGGAGGAUCGGAGAUUGUAAUCCUUGACGAACCCACCUCUGGGAUGGACCCCGCCGCCAGACGUCAGACGUGGGACAUCCUGCAGAGGAACAAACAUGGCCGCACACUGGUGCUCACCACUCACUUCAUGGAUGAGGCCGAUCUGCUGGGGGACAGGAUCUCCAUCAUGGCGGAGGGCGUGGUCAAGUGUUGUGGGUCGUCCAUGUUUCUCAAGAAGCUCUAUGGCACCGGUUACCACUUGGUGAUUGUGAAAGGAAGUGCAUGCGUGGUGAGCCAAGUGACCGCUGUGAUCCAGGACAUUGUUCCCAGCGCCGAGCUGGAGAGCGAGAUCAACUCAGAGUUGUCGUACCUGCUCCCUGAUGACCAAUCCCACCUGUUCCCCAAUCUGUUCGAUCAGAUCGACGCCAACAAAGACAGUCUGGGAAUCAUCAGCUUUGGGACGACUGCCACCACCAUGGAGGAGGUCUUUCUCAAAGUAGGGGAAAAUGCCGAACACACUGACAAAGAGGAUGAACCCAACAGGCCAAGACCAGGCUCAUCAAAGAUGGGCUUCGUAAACCCCGCCUGGGAAUCAGAUGAAGUCACUAUCAACAAAACCUCUAAUGGUACCGCAAAUGGAAACGAUUCAUUUCUAGCAUUUAACACAUUCCAUAGACUGCGUGGCGUCAGUGUUCAACUACAGCGAUUCAAGGCACUGUUUAUCAAGAAAGCUCUUCACACGCGGAGGAACCUGAUCAUAGGUCUUGUCCAGGUUCUCCUGCCAGUCAUCGCAACAAUCUUUGCCUUGGUGGUCGACAAGAUAGCGCCUACAGACUUCAGCGAGGUUUCACUCAAGCUGGACCUGGAACCUUUUGAAAGUACCAUUGUACCAUACACCGAUGGGCUUUCUCCGUCAGCAACAACCACGUCCUUGGCUCAACAUUACAGCGGUCUGUUCUCCAACAACAACGUUCCUGACAAAAUAGACAGAGCAAAGUAUCCGAAUAUGACGAAAUAUUUCAUGGACAAGGUGGCUGCCAUGGGCAUUGCAACAUUCAACAAACAUGUUGUGAUUGGUGGGGAGUUCGAACCAGUGAAUACGUCAACGACUUCCGGCACUGCUCUGUUUAACGGACAACCAUUCCACGGUCAGCCCAUUGCCCUGUCCUACCUGAUGAACUCAAUAGCGUCCUUGCUCACAUCAGGUGUCGACCAUUCUAUAACAGCGUACAACAAUCCGCUUCCCAAAAACCUGACAGAUUUCGCGGCAGUGUCUAACCAGAACGCAAUAACGUUUGGCUUCACCAUUUCUUUCAACAUCAUGUUCGGGAUGGCGUUUCUUACUGCCAGCUUCGUGUUCUUCUUGAUCAAAGAGAGACUCAUUGGAUCCAAGCAUCUUCAGUUCGUCAGCGGCGUGGGUCCGCUCGUCUUCUGGAUGUCGAACCUGGCCUGGGAUUUCAUCAACUAUGUGAUACCAUGUUUCAUUUUAUUGCCGGUCUUUGCGGCCUUCCAAACGGACGCUUACGUGUUGGACGGACGCCUGGGACUCGUCUUCCUCAGCCUGGUCCUGUACGGCUGGGCGGUCCUCCCGUUCAUGUACCUGCUGCAGUACCUGUUCAAGUCGCCUGCAACAGGGAUGGUUGUGGCUAUCAUCUUUAACAUUUUAACAGGUUUGACAACACUCUUGGUGGUGAUGAUUCUACAAAUACCCAGUCUAGGUGCUGUGGACGUCAGCGACGCCCUCGACUGGGUGUUUCUCGUCAUAUUUCCACACUACUGCCUCGGAAAGUCUUUCAUGGACAUCUACACCAAUUACGUCAAUACGAAGACAUGUAACAAACUGGAUUACAAAGUCGUGUGUCAGAGAGUGGCCAUGCCGUGCUGUAAGGGAAACUGCGGAUCUGAUUUCUGUAUCCUGUUUUCUGAGAACUAUUUUGACUGGGAGGCGCCUGGCGUGGGGAGAGAGCUCGUGUUCAUGAUUCUACAGGGGUUCCUCUACCUCGGGUUGGUUCUACUCAUAGAGUACCACGUACCCCAGAGAGUGUGGUACGCAAUCCGUUCUAACCAUGAUGACAUCAUCUGUCCACCCAACGCAGUUUACAAUGUGUCUGGCCAGAAUGAAAAUUGCGCAAUCUGGAAUCGAGGUAGCCCUGUUCAAGAGGAAGAUGGUGACGUCCUGGAAGAGAAUAACAGGAUCAAUAACACCAGUCUGGACAAACUGUCCGAAACCGACUCGCUCAUCUUGACACGCCUUUAUAAGAGAUUUGGAUCUCUUGUGGCUGUUAACCAUAUCAGUGUGGGAAUACCGCAGAAAGAAUGUUUUGGUUUACUUGGCCAGAAUGGCGCUGGUAAAACCACAACGUUUAAAAUGCUCACGGGAGAGAUGAUGGUGACUGGCGGGAACGCUUACUUGAAGCAGUACGAUAUAAAGAAUACCCUGGACAAGGUGCACGAGAACAUGGGUUACUGCCCUCAGUUUGACGCACUCAUUGACCAGAUGACGGGGAGGGAGACACUGUACAUGUACUCCCGUCUCAAGGGCGUGCCGGAGAAUCAGGUUGCAGAUACGGUGAACGCCUUGAUUGACAUGAUGCUGUUAGUGCCACACGCGGACAAACAAACAUCACAGUAUAGUGGUGGUAACAAACGCAAGCUGAGUACCGCGAUAUCCCUGGUGGGUGACCCAUCCUUCAUCCUGCUAGACGAGCCGUCCACGGGGAUGGAUCCUAAAGCCAGACGACAACUCUGGAACGUGCUGUCGCGAGUCAGAGCGUUUGGCAAAACUCUGAUCCUUACAUCACACAGCAUGGAGGAAUGUGAGGCCCUCUGCACAAGAGUGGCCAUCAUGGUGAACGGACGAUUCAGAUGUCUGGGCAGCCCACAGCAUCUGAAGAGUAAGUUUGGAGAAGGCUACACACUGAUUGCACGGAUGACGACCCUCCCAGAUGGCACAAUCGCGCCCACCGAGCCUCUGGUUGCUUUCAUUCGCUCCCAGUUCCCGUCGGCCAUCGUAUUCGACGAUCACCAAGGUUACGUUCAUUUCCAGGUGCCAGACGCAGACGUGAGAAUUGCGCAUGUCUUCACGGUGAUGGAAAGGUCCAAGACGGAGUUCAGUGUGGAGGAUUACUCGGUUCACCAGACGACACUGGAACAAGUGUUUCUGACCUUCACACGAGAGCAGACGGUAUCCACACAUGACAACACGAGUUUGAGAAAAAGACUGUGUUGUUGUUGAUCAAACACAGUGAGACCAUUUUCGUAUGAGAUAUUAUUGUUGAUAAUCAGAUAUACUGGCAUCCAUCUUCAUUUUAAGUAAUUCUUAUUUAUGAUGGCUUAGCCUUUUAGGAUCAUAUUUUGGAUUUUGGAUAUAACUUAUAAGAAGGAAACGUACUGUAAUUUCAAGGUACACUAACAUGCAUAAUACAUACCCAGUCAUCCCAAAGAAACACUCAGCCAAUCAAGAUAUUAAUAUCCCCUGCUAAACAAAAUCAUUAGCCGAUAUUAAUUUACCCGUUACACUCCGAAUUAUUGGAGUUCCUCAAAUUUUGGGUCCGAGCCUGGCUGUGGAGAAGUACUCAACUAACUAUACUAGUACCAUUGCGUUGUUAAAUUUCUCGUAUCUGUUAAUGGGCGUUUUACUAUUAAUGUCCAAGAGUCUUGUGAGUAUUGCGUUUGUGUGUGUUGUGUGUUUUAGGUGUCUCUCAUUAAUAUGUUUGUCUGUGUAUUUAGUGCCAAAGAAUUACAAUGCUAGAACUUUGACGAAUAGUUCAACAAAAGUGGAAUUUGACGAUUUUAGGGAUGGUAUACCAGAUACACACAGACCCACCUCUUUAAUAUUAGGAGACAGUUCAAGAGCGGAUAAAAGAGUUUUCUAAAGAACAUCA